AUGUGUGUUCACAAAUCAAGGAAUUAACAAACUUACUUGAUCUAAAAAACACACAGUGCGUAACUCCUGCCGCUAGGUGUCCCUCCAUCACAAUCAUUAAAGAAGAAGGCCGUUUGAUAACUUCGGGAGGCGACACAUUUGCAUCGACACGUUUGCUUCUCCUGAGCGACAAAAACAAAAUCAAAUUUAAAUACAAAGAAUAAAUUACUAAAAAACACAAAAGACAACACAUCCGCGAACUGGUAGUUCUGAAUAUUUCCUACUUCGCUCAGUUUCGUUAUAGAUUUGACCCGGAAGUUAUUGCGAGAUGGUCAAAAAGUUGCCGUCAUUCGGGUUUGAAAACAGUUGGGAAUGUUUUUGGUUAGAUGAACACUCUGGCUUCACUUUAAUUUACUGCCCUCUUAAGUCAGUCAGUCAUCAUCUACCGCUUUAUCCUCAACCAGAGGGUCGCGGGGGGUGCUGUGCCAAUCUCAGCUACAUCGGGCGAUAGGCGGGGUACACCCUGGACAGUUCCCUCUUAAGUCAUUAAGGAAAAUAAUAUCUACGAAAACGUCCACGAAACGUCAUAAAAACUUUACAGGUAUAUUUUUUCUGUAUAGAUCUCCUAAAUAACUUUAGCCCUGCUCAAAACCAAGCAUUUAAUCAUUUUGAGGAUUCAAACCCUUUUUGAAAAAAUCCGAAGAAUCUCUUAAAAUGAUGCCAGAUCAAGAGGAAUUUGCCCAAAUGGACAAUAAUGACACCCAAGGGUUAAAGGCCACAUAGACCGGAAGCUCCAAUUAACGCUGCGUUUGUGUGUGUGUAUCUGCGUCAUUACCUCGUUUAUGAAACCCUAAAGUUUCAGAACAAACAGUUCAGCCACUGCUGAGAAAAUAGGGUUUUAUUGUUUUCCUGGGCUCUGCGAAGCGGAUCGGCACUUCCGUAGUUUGAUGUCGUCAUCAGAAAUCCUCACCACUCCUCUCACCACCGUAGUGCCUCCCGGUGCGGGCACUAGUCCGGGCACAUCCGGUUGCGUACAUUCAACCGCAGAGGAAGAAGAACUACUCUCGUUGUAGCUGCUGAGAUGCAGAGCAUCCACCGUGCCAGAGGGGGAGCUGUGUAUCUGAGAGCUCUAUUACGUCACUUCCAGCAUCAUCUUUCCUCUCUCUUCACCACCACGACUGGACGUCUGUCUCCAUGACGAGGAUCCCCUGCUGUGAAGCAGAAGAAGGUGCACCAUGGCGGCAGCAGCAGAUGUGCCGGUGUGUUACCAUGGCGCCAUCAGCAAGGAGGAGUGCGAGGAACUCCUGGGGAAGAAGAACAGGGACGGGGCUUACCUGAUCCGAGACAGUGAGACCAUCCUGGGAGCCAAGUGUCUCUGUGUCUAUAAAAAAAAGGUGGUGUACACAUACAGAGUGCUUCAGACACACACUGGACAAUACACUCUCCUGGCAGCAGGUGGUCUGCAAGAGACAUUCUUCAAGAGUCUGGACGAUCUGAUUCUUCACUAUAAGAGGAGGAACCAGGGUUUGGCCAUGCACCUGCGCCAUUCUGUGAAAAGGAAGACGGCCUUGUUGAUCCGGAGUCCCAUACCACCCAAAGAAGCGCCAAAAGAGAAUGACUAUGAAAACUAUUCAGAUUCUGAGUACGUCGAAGUUCUGCCUGAAGUAACACAAUGACAAACAUUGGUUCCGCAUGUUUUGGGACUGUGAGAGGAGAAGACCCAGUGCGCACACAGAGAGAUUCUCUCGGUACACCCAGGAUUCAAAUGAAGAACCCUGUUAUUGUGAGGCCCCUUGGUCGAACACUUGUUUCCUGUCGACAUAUUGUAGUUACCUUACAUAAGUGUCAAAAGCAGAGUGGUGACACUGCACAGGAAAUAAAUUGUGGCUUUGAAAAUAAUCUUUACUCUUAAUGUAAGGGUGGAAUCUUGAUUUGGCUCCUUGAGACCAAAGAGUUACAGGUUUUGUUGUUGUAAUGUGACGAUACAGAGAUGAGGUUUUACUCACAAUAUCUGUGUUUAUAGUUGUGAAAGUGUUAUUAUGAUAUUUUAUUUACUCCAUGAAAUACAUUUGCUCGUAAGGUGGCAUUCUUCUCCAUUUUACUAUUCAAUUAUUUCAUUUCCUGUGAAUUGCGCACGCGAUUAAAAUGUCACCUUUUUUUGUAUCUUUUUACCGUUUUGUUGUUUCCUGCAAAGCCAUCUUUAUGCAUAUUUGUCUGUGUGGCCAUCAGACUUCCUGUUGUCUCACACACCAAAAUAUGAACCACAUGUAUUUGUUCUUUGUUCUCAAGCAUAAGUGCUUCACUAUUGGAGGACUCUAUGAGAAAAAAAAACUUUUAUUCAGUGGAGACACAGAGAGGUGGGGUAUACAGAGAUGGUCAGUGGUCUGGCCACAUUUUCUAGAAGCAAUAAGAGCGACAGCAGACACAUGGCAAAUGUGUAACAGCAAUAAAUUGUACACGUUAUCUUAAAUGAUCAAUAUGAUCUUAAAUGAUGAUCAAGUAAGAUUUAUAUUAUUUUCAUUAUUUGGUUGCCUUAUUAUUAAUUAUCAGUCGUCUUAUGUGGCACCAAAGUGGAAUAUAAAAUGAAACAAGCACUGGAUGUAAUUUACAAUAUGACAAUGUUGUUUUUGUAGUUUGCUGAAUAUUAACAUUUAGUUGUUUUUAUUGUUCCCUUUUCUUUUUUGUUCGUACAUGACUCUUAAAUAUAAUUGAGCAUAUGUUGAUCA